CAGUAUGGCAGCAACAGUCGCUGAGUAGCACUCGGCGGAAUCGGACGCAAUUUCUGUUGUCACUUGUUAGUAACUUCUUUUGCGACUGCGCGUGAUCUCUCUGGUGUAGGAUUACAAGUAAAUGUUUACUCGCAGGAUUUUAAUUCAAAACGAUUGAACAAAAUGUGAAUGAGUUUUUGUUUCGGUCUGACGGACAAUCAGCUGCUGGUGGUGGUGUUUUUGUUGUUUUUUUUUAUGCUCAGUGCAGCGAGUGAAUCAUCUGAUCGAUCGAUGUACCGUUUUGUCGAACAGAAAACGGAGACGGUUAUUGCUAUUUUGUGAGAAAAGUCAAUGCUCGACUAGAACGGAGCAGUUUUUUUCGCGAGCAUCUUUCUACGCGUUAUGUAACGAAACAAAUAUAUGUACGCAUUUAAUACUAGGUUAGUGCAAUGCAAUAAAGCGACACUGGCGUGUACACCAGACAGUGUAAUUGCGAUUGUAGUGCAGUGUGAAGCGGUUCGAAUGCAAUUCAGAACGCAGUGAACAAAGGAAAGAUCGGAGAAAAAGUCAUGGUUUUGUUUUUCAGCCUUCACCUCGCAAAUGCGACAACUGGAUCUUGGUGAACCCCUGAGCAUAUUUUAAUACUCCAAUCCGUCACGCGUAAAAUAAUUUUCCACAGUAGCACAAGUGUGCAAACAAACGGAACCGAAUAAAUUACCUAAAGUGGUGUACAAAUCUCAUCGAAAUAAUAGCACUCAGGCUGACUCAUCAAAACAUAUGCUAGCCAUCGUCACGUGCUAACACAUGCCAAAAGUGAAACAGUUUACCGCCCGACAAUACCAGUGAUUAUUCCCGCAAGUAACCCCGACUUACCGGCCAGUGAAUCUGUGAAUUGCGAUACACGGACUAUGUACAGCUAGGCAACUCUGACACGCGUUCGCCGUCAGUCUUCAUGAGUGUAGCUCCCAAAAGUGGUUGUUCAUCGCUGCGAAGCUUCAGUGCUGAUACGGCUAUCUCCUAGACAGUGAAAACUAUAGCUAAUCAUUAUUUAGUACCCGCGUAUAGCAUAGAAUCCCACAGCAGGAUGCCACCCACCGAACCGACCGUUCCGCUGACGGAAAACGCUCGCGGUAGAAAACCAACCGUUGUGUUUUCGAACGGUAAAGGAAAAACCCGGAAUGAUCUCGACACGCCCGACAGCUAUCGUAGACCGCAGGAUGAGGAACACGAUAGUGGUAUGCCACGCACCGGUGACGUUGACCAGCAGAAACUUGGCUGCCUUGCUCGAUUGUCCUACAAUGUGUCCACGGCCAUCGGGCAAUCUUUCUACAGGUUGGGGCGGCAUAUUGCGCAAAAUCCUUGGAGAACUAUAUUAGUUAGCUGGAUUAUCGUAGCCUGCUGUAGUCUCGGGUUUCUGCGUUUUCACAAGGAGAAAAGCCCGAUGAAACUAUGGAUUCCACAAAACUCAAAAUUCCUGCAUGACACCAACUGGUUGAUCGAACAUUUCAAGGAGGGUAAUCGCAUCGAAACGGCUAUGCUGACAGCGCCGGAUGUACUGACGCCUGAAGUUCUGCAACAGCUAGCUGCCAUUACUGAGGAUAUCGUGGCCCAGAAAGCCCUCGAUAGCACGGGUAAAACUUAUACCUGGAAGGAUGUUUGCUUCAAAGUUCCGCUGAUAGCUGAAUACACGGCUAAUAGCCGUCGCAAACGGGAUGACUCGUCCGUUAAUUCCACCACAACCAGCCCGAAACACUCGAAGAAACCGAAACCUUUUUUCAAUCCCAGCGUCAAUUUGCCCUCCUUCAUGUAUUGCCCGAUGAUCGAGAGACUACCGAUCGGCUGCAUGGAAUUCAGCAUUCUCGAGCUGUGGAAGUAUGACCGACAGGUGAUUGCUCAACUGACAAAGGAGCAAAUCGUGGAUAAACUCAACAAAACAAAAAUAAGUCCUGUCACCGGUCACACCGUUGACUACUCCGAACUGCUAGGAGGCGUUGAGCGUGAUUGGAGUGGUCGGAUAGUAUCCGCCACUUCACUGAUGUCGAACUGGAUGUUGCACGUUAACUACUCCGAGGUGGAUCACGAUGUUAGCGGAAAUAUUGCAGGUACGGAAGAUUGGGUAACCGAAGCAGCGCUUGCCUGGGAGGCGGCCUUUUUGGAAAAAAUGCACAAAAUCAAGGAAAAUUAUACCCAGGGAGAUACUAACCUGUAUUACGCGGCUGGCCGCAGUUAUGGAGAUAUAAGCGCUGAUUCUAUGUUUAAAGAUAUCGAUAAACUAGUGAUUGGAGGUGUCUUGAUGUUUAUCUACAUGCAGUUGGUACUUUCGAAGUUCAGUUGUACAGAGUUUAGGGUAAUACUAGGAUCGAUUGGCCUUCUCAGCAUCGGUAUGGGUUUCGUAGCUGGCUGCGGAAUCAUCGCUACUCUGGGAGUAUCCUACGGACCAGUCCACACGUCUCUACCAUUCCUGUUGAUGGGACUUGGCGUGGACGAUAUGUUUGUUAUGAUGGCCGGCUACAGAAAGAUUCGCGAGACUCACUCGCAUCUGCCACUACCGGAACAAAUGGGUCUUAUGUUGAAGCACGCCGGAGCGUCCAUCACGGUUACUUCCCUCACCGAUCUAGUAGCGUUCGCGGUAGGCUCGAUAACCGUGUUGCCAUCGUUGCAGUCCUUCUGUAUCUACGCCGCUGCCGGAGUACUAAUGAUGUAUUUCUUCGCAAUUACGUUUUAUGUUGCCAUUUUUACAUUGGACGAACAACGUAUCGCGGCCAGAAGGAAUUCGUUCGCUCCGUGGAUAGUUCAUAGUGAAAAGUCCACCAAGCUAUGGUGUCAGAAACAUCUUAUGCAUCGCUUCAUCAACGCCGUCUAUUCAAAAUGCAUUUUGACGAAACCCGGCAAAGUUCUUAUCAUCGCCGCCGUUAUAGUCAUGACAGGGUUGAACGUUCAAAGUUUACUUAAGUUACGCCAGAAGUUUGAUCCAAACUGGUUCAUUCCGGAGGACACAUAUUUCAACGAGUUCAUCGUGAAAACCAAAGAGAAUUAUCCAAACGUGGGCUACGAAGCGAUGCUUCUCUUCGGAGACUACAAUUAUACAGCUCAUUUGAAAGACUUACUCCAGCUUACCAACGAAUUGGAAAAUCGAACCGACAUCCUGCACAGCAUCAGCUCCUGGGUUGUCCCUUUCCAGGACUUUGUUCACACAUAUUAUGAUGAAGAUAUUGGCGAAGUGGUGCUUAGCGAUAAACAUUUUCGAGACUAUCUAUCGAAAUUUCUCUUCAGUCACGACGGUGGUCGCUAUCAAGUGAACUUUAAGUUCGACUCGAAGCUAACCUGUGGAAAACCUGCACCGAACAUCACCGUAAGCAUAAUCCAGUUCAAGUUUCGUCCAUUCAAGGAGCGUGAAGAGUAUCUCCCUGCUAAACACGCUGUGGAAGAAAUGCUAGCCGGUAAUCACAUCGCAACCGGUGACCAGUUCAAGACGCUCUGGGCAAAAAUAUUCGGUAACUGGGUAACCGACGAAAUCAUCGACACGGAAAUCUAUCGGAACAUUGCCAUCGCCAUGGUUGGCGUGAUGAUUUGUUCGGUCGUACUGAUCGUCAAUCCGCAGAUCUGCUUUUGGAUCUUUGUCUGCGUAUUGUUGACUCUUGUAAAUGUCGGUGGAUUUAUGCAAAGAUGGGGUCUAACACUGGAUCUUGUAUCCUGCAUCGCUUUACAGCUCGCGGUAGGUUUGUGCGUAGACUAUUCAGCUCACAUUGGGCACACAUUCCUAACAAUUAACCACGGGAACCGCAAUCAACGGGCUUUGGAAACUGUCCUGCAUAUCGGUGCCGCUGUCUUGAAUGGAGGAGGCUCUACAAUUCUUGCCCUGAGUGUUCUGUCCGGCUCACAAGCCUAUACCUAUCGAACAUUUUUCAAGAUAUUUCUUCUCGUAAUCCUGAUUGGUCUUUUCAACGGCUUGGUGCUACUACCAGUGAUUCUCAGUCAAGUUGGUCCUGCCCCGUACAGUGGCUUCCUAGACAAUCCCAGUAAACUUUAUAGUGAUUAUGAAAAAGAGAUGCUGCCAUUUACUGACGAUCAAAAGCAACUGAGUCGAACCAAUGGCAAAUUUGCUCACAGCGAAGAGGAAAGACAACCCAUGAAGGAACCGCAUGUGCCUUGAAUCUUCCUUGGAAUGUCCGUUAUAGCGUUCCAUGACUUACUACUGUUGACACGCACCAGACGCAUGAUACGUGCAAAGUAGCGUACAAUUAGCAAUACACGCACUAACAAUUUUUAAGCUGUAUUUAUGGACAACACGUUUUCGGCUACGUGAAGCCAUUGUGAUUCUAAUCAAAAUAGUAUUAGGUAUUUUUGGAGAAGUCAUUAUGUGUAAUAGGUUAUCCAGGAUAAAAACAAAAAAGUA